GUAAUCUGUGGCCAUUACAUCGUUUUGUGUCCCGCAAGGUGCACGUCGACUGUGCUUCUUGUGAUUUGUCUUGUCCUUAAAUUUCUCCGAAGUCCCUACAACCACCACGAUGGGUAGGGAGGACAAGGCUACUUGGAAAACCAACUACUUCACCAAAAUCGUCCAACUGUUGGACGAGUACCCAAAAUGUUUCAUCGUGGGUGCCGACAACGUGGGCUCACAGCAGAUGCAGCAGAUCCGUAUCGCUCUCCGCGGCACCAGCAUCAUCCUCAUGGGCAAAAACACCAUGAUGCGUAAGGCCAUCAAGGACCAUCUGGAGACCAACCCGGCUCUGGAGAAGCUGCUCCCUCACAUCAAGGGAAACGUUGGCUUUGUGUUCACUCGCGGAGACCUUGUAGAGGUGCGUGACAAACUGCUGGAGAACAAGGUGCGUGCCCCGGCCAGGCCUGGUGCCAUUGCCCCUCUGGCUGUAGUCAUCCCGGCCCACAACACCGGUCUGGGUCCCGAGAAGACCGCCUUCUUCCAGGCCCUCUCCAUCCCCACUAAGAUUUCCAAGGGUACUAUUGAAAUCAUCAAUGACGUCCACAUCCUGAAGCCCGGAGACAAAGUGGGUGCCUCUGAAGCUACUCUCCUCAACAUGUUGAAUAUCUCUCCCUUCUCGUAUGGUCUAGUUGUCAAGCAGGUGUACGACUCGGGCACCAUCUUCGCUCCCGCCAUCUUGGACAUCAAGCCGGAGGACCUCCGCGCCAAGUUCCAGCUGGGAGUGGCCAACGUGGCGGCGCUUUCGCUGGCCAUGGGCUACCCUACGCUGGCGUCCGCGCCCCACUCCAUCGCCAACGGUUUCAAGAACCUUCUGGCCAUCGCCGCCGUCACCGAGGUUGAAUUCAAAGAGGCAGAGACCAUCAAGGAGUUCAUCAAGGACCCGAGCAAGUUCGCCGCGGUCGCUGCCGCUCCCGCCGCCGCCGCCCCGGCCGCUGAGAAGAAGGAGGAGAAGAAGGAAGCCGAGAAGGAGGAAGAGGAGAGCGAUGACGACAUGGGCUUCGGUCUCUUCGACUAGAUCCAUUAACGACCUAAUCCUUUACGGGAUUAGGCUCAAAUUCCAAUUGGUGUGGGUGUUUGUUACGCUUGCAUCUUGUACCGUCGGGCUGGACAACCCAUGUGGCGGUUUUUGUAUAGUUUACAAAUAAACACACUAAUAAUA